AUGUCGGGCCAGGGAGACCAGUUGGACAAAAUGUCCACUUUGCUGGCAGAAGUGGCUGCUCAGCUAGAACAAGUGAAGCUGCAAGGAUCACGGCGUGAAGAGCAACAUCACGACCUUACUGAACGCAUGAGUCAGUUGGAAGCACGCAUGGAUGCCCCACAGUCUUCGGCCGCUGUGCUAAUUCCGACUCAGCUGCAGCCACAAUCCUUCACAGUUCCGCUAGCCCAGGGGGUAGACCUCAACGCCCCGGCUACAGUCGGGCAGUGCAUGGAGUUAGUGCAGAUGGCGAUGCAACAGAAGGUCGCCCCAGCUCUCGGAGCAGUUUACUCCUCCCUGUCCACCUCACAGGUGAGGACAACCGAGCGAGUGGGCAACCUGGAGCAGCAGGUCCGGGCCCUCCGCAUCCGUACUGCAUGGGCUGAGAAGGACAUGCUCUUCUCACAGAUCGAGCAGGCAAAGCGCACCAUCGUAUGCCGCAAUUUCCCCACCUGGCAGACGGAGGCGGACCGCCGUCUCACAGUGGAAAAAGCCCUUGCGAAAGCUGGGCUAUGGAACAUUGAUGGCAUGUGGGAUCUGGCCACGACCCGGCUGGACACUGGUACGCCAGGCAAGCCGGAGCUCUCUGCCACGUCCAUCCUCACAGUCCCUUCCCUCACGGAGAAGCCUGGGACAACGGAGGAACCCAAAAAGCCCGAAGAGGCAAACGAAGGUUCUGAAGGAACGGCUGAGAAGACCCCGGCGGCAUCCUCACAGGCAGCCGGGUCCAAGGAGACAGCCCAGACCUAUGAGUAUAAGGGCGGCGGUCCUGUAAAGCUCUCCCCUGGAGUCACACAGUUUGAACGCCGGCUCGCUUCGCCGCUCCAGGGACUCAUGAACGCUUACAGGGCGGCCUUCAGCAAGUUCACCAAAGAGCCGCUGGUGCCGAGGUGGAAGACGCUGGCACUUGUUGACUCCAAAGAGGCUUGGCUGGGCCGCACCCUCACAGACUGGGAGUGCGAGAUCCACAUCCCGGAGGAACAUGCCAGCAAGCUCUUGGAGACCUGGCGCAGCAUCUGGUAUGACCAAUUGCGACAGCACGUCAACCAGACGACUGUCGAGCAGGAAGCUUUCGACAGUGCAGCUCGCCUCACAGCACACAACUAUGCAGAGGCCAAGAGACUUAGCAGGUUCCUGACCAAGGCCAUCCCGGAGUACAACGAGGGCGAAGAUGAAGGCCUAGACCACUGGAUCGCCAGGUUCCGGUAUGAGUUCCCCUGGCCGGUGAAGUUUGUCCAAGUCCCCCCGGACGCCGAGGAGAGGACGCACUUCACAGGCCUCCGGUCCACCGAGGAGCUCAUGGAAGAAAUGGCAGCCCAGGAGCAGGAGGCAGCCUUCACAGUGAACUCCGAGAGUGGAGGCAUGAAGCGCACUCACAGUGACGCAGCCUCCGCCGUCAGUGGAAUCAGCACGGCUAGCGUCCCGAGUUCGGGGCUUCCGCCUCCACAGCCCACCAAGGCCCGACCGAGCUACUACCCGUUUGGCUCACAGACGGAGCUAGAGGAAGCGGUCGAGGCAGCCAAGAUCGCCCACAUCAACCAUGGUGGGGUCCCGGGCGACUACUCACAGGAGGCCUGGGAGGCAUGGUGCAUCAAGCGCCGAGCGGCCGGCUCACAGUCGCAGUGA